AUGAAAGAUGUUGUCAAAAAGAAUUUAUCUGACUUAUAUUUACUGAGUCAAUUUUCAGCAGAAAGUAAUAUUUCUGUACAAGAUCAACAACAAAUUAAUGUCGAAGACGAAACGGAAUGCGAAGGUCGAGUGAAUUCCGUUUGCUCUAUUGAUGAUCUCGGUUCUGUUGAUGAUGCGGCAGCAAAUGUCAAUUCUCAAUUGGGUUAUGAGAAAACUUCGCAAUUCAACCUCACUUGUCAUGAUUGUCGACAAACUAAAUUGGUUAUUGAAUCGUUACUUCACAGGUUAGACAUUCUAGAGAGCAAAGUAAACUCAAGAUCUCAAGAAAUCUCUUACGAUAAUCUACUCUCCAGCUACAAAAUUAUGAAGGAGGAGCGAGACAGUCUAUUGACAACUUUAAGGUUGUUGAUGAAAGACUUCAAGUCAUCUGAAGAAAAUCAUACUAAUUUUAAUGAAGCUAGUAAACCGAAACAAAAUGGCGAAUCAUCUACCGAAGGCGAAGCGUUAAACGGCAAAACUAAAAUUGCAUCUCGUGAAAGGAAUUUGAGUACUAAAUCUCAAUCACCAACACAUACGAACACAUCAGAAGGCAACAACGGCGUAAGAAGCGAUCGCGAAGUCGAGAAAGGAAUUAAAGCUCACUCAGUACAUACAUCUGGUACAGACAGAACAGGAGGUGAUGUUUUUGUUGUGGGAGACUCCAUGAUCAAAUAUGUACAAGGAAGGAGGCUGUCAAAAAAGCAUAAGGUAACCACUAUAACCUAUCCUGGUGCCACGGUGGCUGACAUGGGUGAUUUUGUUAAAUCUGUCAUUAGAAAAAAUCCCCAAAAAAAUAGUAUUCAUGUUGGCACCAACAACCUCCGACAUGACAAACCAAAACAGUUAAGCAGAAAGAUUGUUGAUUUAGCAUAUAAUAUUAAGAAGGAGCAGCCUACAGUAGAUAUAGCCAUUUCAUCUAUAAUUCAUAGAUCUGAUAAUAUAUCGCUAAACUCCAAGAUCAAUCAAGUGAAUGAUAGCUUAAAACAUCAAUGUUCUAAUUAUAACUUUGAUUUUAUUUGUAAUGACAAUUUAAAGGAGAACAUGCUAAAUGCAGGAGGCCUUCAUUUAAAUCUGAAUGGAACAAUCACUUUAGCUGCUAAUUUUAGAAAAUUUAUAAAUACUGAUUGA